AUGGAGAGUGCAACAGACCCGGGUCAUUUACAAGUUCCGCAGCCGACACUCCUGGAGAACGCCGGCGUAGACAUCCAAGAUGUGAACAAUGGCAACCCGGUUUGGAGCAGGUUGACCUGCUGCCCUUAUACUUAUAAACGGCGGGAGAUUCUCUUCAGCACGUACGAAGAAAUGGCCAAGAGCGAGAAAUUUCAAGAGCAGGUUAGCAAUGGAGAGAAGAUAACCGUAGACACUGUGUGGACCAAGGGUACCCCGCGAGAAGCCGACGCCCAGCUUUGGGCGUCAAAAGGAGAGGUGUGGGACCAAUGGGUUUCUCAUUACGAUAAGAAGAAGAGAGAGCACAGGCAUUUGAACAACGAAGGCCUGAAUGAACUACGCAAUAAAUUCGUCGAUAUCACUCCUGGCAUACGCCGCAUUUUCGUCGCAGGUCUCGGAUCUAUGUUUUACAAGCCCGCGACCAUUGAAGCGAACAUACGGCAACACAUAUUAGUCUAUGGAAUAUGUCAGUCUGUCGUAUCUGCGGCUACAAUACAAGACAACAAGCAGGGAAAAGAGGCCCCCGAAAUCGAAAUUCAUUUUGAAGACAACUGGUACACCCGGAUGGAUGAAGAUUUCAUCGUGGAACAAUUCUCAAACCUCACCGGCCGCGUUAAGCCUCUUGUCAGUUGUUAUGGGGUCGGAUGGUCAAAAUUGCAUGAGAGCGGAGAAACGCUCUUCAUCACUCUCAGGUCAAUCAAUCCUUACCGCGAGAUGAUGGCCGAUUUUCUCCAGACAGAGGGAACUGGCCCGGACGCAGCCAAGAAGCCGAUAGCAGUUAUCUGCAGAAAAGGAAAAGAGAUAGUGCCCAGAGACCACAGCAACUCGAGGGUUGUAGACUGGCUUGGAACGUAUACGAACACACAGAUCAUCACGGAUCCUGAUGCGCCAAUCAUGGGGGAGACAUUGUUGCACUAUUAG